AUGAAUGCACUCAUCAAAUAUGCACUCAAGUCACAUGUUCAUAACACUAAGAGAUCACUAGUCCUUUCACUCUAUCCCAUGAAAGGAGAUCCACCACCACCGCCACCACCACCAAAAAUUGACCUCUUCUCUCCAUAUUAUCUUGGCCCUCAUGAUCGACCCGGCGAUUUCAUAACUCCAACUCGACUUCGUGGAGACAAUUAUGAUGAAUGGGCUAAUGAUGUUCAAAUGGCUUUACAAGCCAGAAGGAAAUUCGUCUUCUUCAAUGGCACAAUUACUGCUCCAUCUUCCCCUUGUACACUGGACGAUUGGGAUACUCUUCAAGCCAUGCUUAUUUCGUGGCUCAUGAAUACUAUUGAUCCCGAAAUUAAGGUCUCCCUUUCUCGGUACAAAGAUGCCAAAAGGCUUUGGGAUACCCUUAGAUCUCGGUUUUCCAUUGUUAAUGGACCCCGGAUUCAGCAGCUUAAAUCAUCUAUUGCUCGUUGUCAACAAACGAAAACCAUGUCAAUUGCCACGUAUUUUGGGAAAUUGACAGCCUUAUGGGAGGAAUUGAAUAAUUACGAACCUUUGAUUCAAUGUUCCUAUUGUAAUACCUGUACAGCAGGGGAAGAACAUAAGAAACGAAGAGUCAAUACCCGCCUUCAUCAGUUUGUUUAUCCCCUUCUUACUAUCGAUCGUGCUUAUCAAUUGCUUGUUCAAGAUGAACGGGUUCGAUUGACCACACCGUUCCCAGAGGACAAACCGCCUCAAGCUGUUGGCUUUGCUGUCCGUACGCCACCUGGUCGGAACAGGUCCGAUCAGCGUUCUUCUCCAGCGGGUGCGUCCUCUGACCAACGAGAUAAAUCAGCUUUAUUUUGCUCUCACUGCCGGAAGUCCGGCCAUGUCAUCUCUGGGUGCUUCGAAUUGAAUGGCUACCCUGAAUGGUGGCCGCCUGGUUCUUCAAAGCAACAAUCAGGACCGUCGGGAAACUCAGGAUCCUCAGGGCGCGGUAGACAGCCUCCGACCACCGCCAGGGGUCGUGGUGGUUCUGUUAAAGCUCACGCCGUGGGCUGCAGCAACACGGGUGGGUCUUCUCACCCGCCUGUAGGAGCGUCCUCUCCACAGGUUUUUUCACCGGAUCAAUGGAAAAUCCUUGCUUCUUUUAUUGGUAAUACUAAAGUUUCUGAUGAUCGAUUAACGGGUGAGUUUGAUUGCAAUUCUUGGAUAAGUGAUACGAGGGCUUCUCGCCACGUUACCUGUAACGAUUCAUGGUUAUUUGAUGUUCGUAAUGUCACUUGUUUGGUGGGUCUUCCUAAUGGAAAAUCUGUUGUUGCAACAAAGGAGGGAUCCGUUUAUUUAUCUGACAAUCUAACCCUUAAACAUGUGCUUUUUGUUCCGGAAUUAUGUUGUAAUUUAAUUUCGGUUUCGCAAAUUAUUGACAAUUUGAAAUGUACUGUUCAAUUUACUCCUACUACUUGUGUUAUACAUGACCAAUUGAGGGAGCCGAUUGGGACGAGCAUUACGAGGGAUGGACUUUUCUACUUCGAGGGUGUUAAUCCGGCACAACAAAUCUUGGUGAAUGCGGUUUCCUCUACUUUGGAUUUAUGGCACAAAACGAUGGGUCACCCCUCUGAAACAGUAGUGAAGCUUCUUCCUCAUGUCUCUAGUUGCAAAGGUAGUUUAAAUAAAGUCUGUGAUGUUUUUUUCCGUGCAAAACAUUCUAGGGAUAAAUUUCCUUUGAGUGACAAUAAGGCCUCUAGAAUAUUCGAAAAAGUUCAUUGUGUUUGUGGGGUCCAUAUAAACACCCAUCUUCUUGUGAUGCAAGAUAUUUUUUGA